AUGGGCCCGGCGGGGACCCGCGGCGCGGCGCGGGCGGCGGUGGCGGGGCCGCUGCUCCCGCUGCUGCUGCUGCUGCUGCUGGCGGCCCGGCACCCGCCCGCCGCCGGCGACGGCUGGAAGAGCGAGGCUGGCCUGGUCCCCGAACACUUCUCCCAGGCACCGCAGAAGCUGUCCUUCUACAGCUGGUACGGCAGUGUCCGGCUCUUCCACUUCCGUGUGCCCCCAGACACCGCACGGCUGCACUGGCUGCUACAUGCAUCCCAGGAGAGCAGCCGCGCAUGCCCGGACGUGGAGAUCACCGUGCACUUCCGGGCCGGGGCCCCUCCUGUCAUCAACCCUCUGGGCACCAGCUUCUCCAACACCACCUCCGUGCGGGCCUCCUUCCGCAUCAGGACCCUGUUCAGCACCAUGCUGCUGGGCAAUACUUCCGUCAAUAUCUCCUACCCGGCUCCUGGGGAUUGGUUUGUGGCCGCCCACUUGCCCCCCUCCUCCCAGAAAAUUGAGGUGAAGGACUUUGUUUCCACCUGUGCCUACAUCUUCCAGCCUGACAUGCUGGUCAUGCGCAUGGUUGAGGUCUCCAUCCUGGAGCCCGACGUGCCCCUUCUGAAGACCCUCCUCUCUCGCCCGACCUACCUCAAGGUCUUUGUCCCCGAGUACACCCAGGAACUCCGGCUGGAGCUGCAGGGGUGUGCAUCCAAAGACGGCCCCGGCUGCCCUGUGCAGCUCACGGUGGGCACAGCCGCUCUGCCCAGAAACUUCCAGAAGGUGCUGACCUGCAGCAGCCUCUCCCCCUCCUGCCACGUUCUGCUGCCCUCACCACCCUGGGGCCGGUGGCUGCAAGUGGUAGCCGAGAGCCUGGCGGAGCCACCACUGUCCGUAGCCUUCAGUGCCGAGGCCACGCUCACAGCCUGCAGGCCCUGGAGGGUGACUCCACACCGGCUCGGGCAAAACAGUUCAGACCAGAGCAAUGACACCUCUGCAGACCAGCUCCCACGCCCCGGGCCGCGGGCCCCGGGCCCCUGUGGCCGAGAGUGCGGUGGCCCCUUGCGCCUCCUGAGCUACCCGCUCCUGAGGGAGGACCUGGACGUGCUGUCCGUGCGCUUCCAGCCCCUGGACGGGGUCACGGUGCUGCUGCGCCCGGACUUGCUCUCUGUGAUGCGGCUCCACCUCGACACGGGCAUGGACAGCGGGGGCUCCUUCACCGUCACCCUGAGAGCAAACAAGACAGAGAUCACGAACAGCACCCUGAUAGCCGCUUGUGUGAAUGCCGCUUCACCCUUCCUCCGCUUCAAUGCUUCCCUCAACUGCACCACAGCCUUCUUCCAGGGCUACCCUUUGUCUCUGAACACUCUAUCUCCCACGGUCAGCCUCACCAUCCCUUACCCAGAGACAGACAGCUGGUACCUCUCCCUGCAGCUUGUGUGCCCCGAGAGCCCCAGGGACUGUGAGCAGGCCCGGGUCCGCGUGGAGACCACCUUGUACCUGACACCCUGUCUGGAUGACUGUGGGCCAUACGGCCAGUGCCUCCUACUCCGCAGACACAGCUACGUGUAUGCGGGCUGCAGCUGCAAGGCAGGCUGGCGUGGAUGGAGCUGCACGGAUAACAGCACGGCCCAGACGGUGGCACAGCAGAAGGCGGCGGCACUCCUGCUCACCCUCAGCAACCUCAUGUUCCUGGCCCCCAUCGCCGUGUCAGUGCACCGUGCUUUCCUGGUGGAAGCCUUCGUCUACUUGUACACCAUGUUCUUCUCGACGUUCUACCACGCCUGUGACCAGCCAGGGGAGGCCAUGCUGUGCAUCCUCAACUAUGACACACUGCAGUACUGUGACUUUCUGGGCUCUGGGGCGUCCACCUGGGUCACCAUCCUCUGCAUGGCCCGGCUGAAGACAGUGUUGAAACACAUCCUGUUUGUCCUGGGCACACUGGUCAUGGCCAUGUCCUUGCAGCUGGACCGCAGGGGCAUCUGGAACUUGAUGGGGCCCUGCCUCUUUGCCUUCGUGAUCAUGUCCUCCAUGUGGGUGUACCGCUGUGGGCAUCGGCGCCAAUGCUACCCUACCUCGUGGCAGCGCUGGGUCUUCUACCUCUUGCCUGGCAUCUCCAUGGCCUCCGUGGGCAUUGCCAUCUACACCUCCAUGAUGACGAAUGACAACUAUUACUAUACACACAGCAUCUGGCACAUGCUGCUGGCUGGAGGCGCGGCUUUCCUGCUGCCACCCCGGGAGGAACAGGUUGAGCCCUGGGCCUGCUCACAGAAGCUCCCCUGUCACUAUCAGAUCUGUAGGAAUGAUCGAGAUGAACUGUACACAGUGACAUAGGCGGCCAGCUCAGGGAACUCUGCCGCUUGGAUGGACUCUUCAGCCAGGAGCCGUCAUAGGAACAAUUGGUUCCCCACAGAAUAAAAUUGUGCUGAGACUGCUUCCUCCUACAGCAGAGAGGGCCGCCAGCUCCCGAUGAGGCUCAGCUGUUUCUACCAUGGCCUCUGGAGACUACCGACACCACGUGUGGGGUGGAGCCCUGUGCUCCGUGGCCCUGGGGAUGGUUAGAAGUGUAGAG